CAGCAGCUCGUGCGAUGUUUAUCUUCACUGUAGUGCUUUUGCCGGUUCUGUCUGGAGCCGGACUGGCGGCAGAUGAACCCACUUACCGGCGUACGGAUCCGGCCACCAGACAGCAGCUGCGGUGUAAAAGGUGUCCGCCGGGAACUCGUCUGGGCGCGCACUGCACAAGCUCCAGCGAGACGGACUGCGUGCCGUGCGGCCCGGGUAUGUUCACGGAGUUCUGGAACUACAUCCCAGAAUGCCUGCGGUGCGACGCGUGCUCCGAUCACCAGCGGGUCGUUCGGCCGUGUAACGGAACCGUGAACACAGUCUGCGAAUGUGACGCCGGAUUCUACUGGAAUCAGCGCUUCUGCAGGAGACACAGCGAGUGCAAACCGGGUCACGGACUCAAAGCUUCAGAGUGUCAGAGUCACACUGAAGGCAUCAAGGGCUAUUUGACCAAGAAGGAGAGUGAUGGGGAGCUGCGCCAGAUGACCUGGCCUCCAGUCACCGGACCUGAACCCAAUCGAGAUGGUUUAGGGGUGAGCUGGACCGCAGACAGAAGGCAAAAGGGCCAACAAGUGCUAAGCAUCUCUCGGGGAACUCCUUCAAGACUGUUGGAAGACCAUUUCAGGUGACUACCUCUUGAAGCUCAUCAAGAGAAUGCCAAGAGUGUGCAAAGCAGUAAUCAAAGCAAAAGGUGGCUACUUUGAAGAACCUAGAAUAUGACAUAUUUUCAGUUGUUUCACACUUUUUUGUUAUGUAUAUAAUUCCACAUGUGUUAAUCCAUAGUUUUG